GUAGAAAACAGUCUUAACCAGCAAGAAGGAGUGCAGCGUUUUUUUUUCGUUUUACGGCCUCAGCAACAGAAUAAAUAUCGAUUAUUAGUUGUGGGAAAGAAACAAUUACCUCUCAGCAAAAAAGACAGUUAUUUUCUAUUUUUAGAAGCCAUUAAAAAUAAUAAGGAAGAAUUGUUGUCAGCCCUACGAGAAAAACAUUAUUCAACCAAAACGCGAGGAAUUGCAAACUAUUCAGUCACCAAGGGCAAUUUGCCGGCUGGUUGUGCCUUAAUGACCGACACCUUGGACGGCUCCGGAAAUGGUUCUUCAAUCCUCAAUAGCAAAGGAAUUACUCACAUCAUUCAUGCUGGGCCAAAAGAACGGUCAAAAUUUCCUAGCGAUGAGGAAUUUGUUGAAUGCGUAGUCAAAUCCGUCCAAAAUUGUAUUAUUCUAGCGGAGAGAAAUAAUUUCGAAAAAUUGGCUGUUCCUCUCGUUGGUGGAGACAUAUUUCUUGGUAAAUGCGACCCUGAAAAGUUGGCGGAAGGAAUAAUCCGUGGAGUUACUAAUCAAUUAGCCGAGUGUCAAAAGUUAAAGGACAUUGUAUUGAUAGAUUUCGACCAAAAACCUCCAUACCUAUUUUUGAAAAAAAUCCAGCAGUUAGAGAAAGAAUUGUUUGGUGAUACCGCUUUCUUUGCGGAGGAUAACCAUUUUGUAGGAAAUCUAAAAAGUGAUAAGACAAAAGGCAUUCAAGUCCGAGUCGGAGAUAUCCGAGAUAAAAAUCUACAUAGUUGCUCCGCUAUUGUUAAUGCGGCUAAUACUUAUUAUGGUAUGGGAGGUGGGAUUGCUGGUGCUAUUAAGGUGGAAACUGGUAAUGCAGGAAAGAUAAACGCCAAGGCCAAAGAGUUAAUUAGUGAGUUCAAUUCGUUGAUAGGCGAUAGUAGUGGACCAGAACAACCACAACCCAAUCCAAAACCAGGUGAUAACCCCAAACCUGGAAAAAAACAACCCUCCGACGACUCCCCAGGACCUACUCCUGACAAUGGAAACGGAAAUAACGACAACGGGGACAAUGGGAAAGACGACAACCAAGAACCCACCGAUAAAGGUCCAAAAAACGAUACUGACCAAAGUCCUAACGAGUGGAGGGAAGAAUUAAAAAAUAUUGACCCAAUUAAAAAUCUGCUUGAAAAUGUUAAAGAAAAUAACAAUUUUUUAACCGAAAUCUCCUCCAAUCAUUCGGCUCCUGACCUUAAUA